AUGCUGUGCCACCUUCUGACCGAGUGUCACAGCAGAUUCUUUGAUGAAACGUGCAUUGCUGUGCUGAAACAAGAGCAAAAUGAGCUGAACUCCUUCCUGUGGACAAUCAAGAGAGAUCCCCCAUCUUAUUUCUUUGGCACCAUCCAUGUCCCAUACACGCGUGUCUGGGAUUUCAUCCCAGAGAACUCCAAGAAAGCCUUCCAGCAGAGCCACAUCGUGUACUUUGAGCUGGAUCUCACUGAUCCCUACACCAUUUCAGCUCUCACCAGCUGCCAACUCCUGCCACAGGGGAAGAACCUCCAAGAUGUGCUGCCCCACGACAUCUACCGCCGGCUGAAGCGGCACCUGGAGUAUGUCAAGCUCAUGAUGCCAUCCUGGAUGACCCCAGAUCAGCGGGGCAAAGGGCUGUAUGCUGACUACCUCUUCAAUGCCAUUGCUGGCAACUGGGAGCGGAAGAGGCCGGUCUGGGUGAUGCUGAUGGUGAACUCCCUGACAGAGGUAGACAUCAAGUCACGAGGUGUGCCCGUCCUGGAUCUGUUCCUGGCCCAGGAAGCGGAGCGGCUGCGGAAGCAAACGGGCGCUGUGGAGAAAGUAGAAGAGCAGUGCCACCCGCUCAAUGGGCUGAACUUCUCCCAGGUGGUCUUUGCUUUGAAUCAGACUCUCUUGCAGCAGGAGAGCCUCCGAGCAGGCAGUUUCCAGAUCCCCUAUACGACAGAAGACCUUAUCAAGCAUUACAACUGUGGGGACCUCACCUCCAUCAUCUUCAACCAUGACACUUCUCAAGUCCCAAAUUUCAUUAAUGCUACACUUCCAGCCCAUGAACGCAUUACUGCCCAAGAAAUAGACAGCUACUUCCGGCAGGAGCUCAUCUACAAACGGAAUGAACGAAUGGGCAGGAGGGUGAAGGACCUGCUGGAGGAGCACCCAGACAAGAGUUUCUUCUUUGCUUUUGGAGCUGGUCACUUCAUGGGCAACAACACAGUGAUUGAUGUUUUGAGGAGAGAAGGGUACGAGGUAGAACACACUCCAGCUGGACAAGCCAUCAACAACCGAAAAUCUCCCAAAACCUUGUUAGCCUUUUCAUCAUCACACAGUCCCUUUGUCAUGUCCCAUGAGCUCCCACUGCACCCGCAGAAGGAGGAGGAAGAGGAGGAAGAAGAGUUCCUGCCUCACUUGCUAUUCCCUGACAGCAUUGAUGUACUCAUGAAAGUAGACAGGAAGUACAAAAAGAAGAAGAAAAAGCAGCAGAAGAAGCAAGGACUGCGACACUUUAAUGACCUCUGGGUUCGCAUUGAAGAAAGUGCUACUGAUCCUCCUCCCCGGAUCCGCAUCAUUAAUGGAUACAUCACGGUCGAGCCCCAGCCCCGGGGCCACGGACGGUCCAGUCACGCUCCUGCAGACACCAGCAGUGCUCACCAGCUUUCCCAUUCUCUCUUCCUUCCACUACUGACUUUGACUUUGCAUAAGAUGAUGAUUCAUUGAAACGCAGGAGGACCCAAGCUGCAAGACUCUUGCCUUAAAAAUAAUGAAAAAAAAAGGAACUUAUGAAAAAAAAAAGAAAUGGAAGACUAUGAGUGGGACACCUAU